AACGCUGUGCCGUUUCUCUCCCUAAAACCCCUUCUCCCGAAACCCCUCUUCAAUCGCCCCCUCACGCCAUCGUCGUCUGCAUUUCUUUUUUCCGUAGCAGGUGGACAUGGUGCUCUCCAACCAGAAGCUGAAGCAGAAGCUGCGGGCGGCUCUAGCCGAAUCCCUAGCGAAAAACGAACCAAGCUCCGACCUUGAUCACGCGAAACCCACCAAUCCCGACCAAGAUUCGCAGCCGCCGUCCCUGAAACAUCUCCUGGGCUCGGCAACCCCGAGACCCAGGUUGUCCAAGCGAGAGAAACGCAGAAAGACUCGGUCUUUGGGAGGCGGGGCCGAUAAUGGCGGGAAAGAAGACGAGGGUGUUGGAGAGAGGAGGGAGGAGGGCUCAUUUGAGGAAGUGGGCAAUGGUGGCGAUGAGGGGGAGGCGGGGAAGAGAAAGAAGAAGAGGAAGAUAGGUGAGGGGACUGAGAAUGGAGGCUUAAGUUUUGAGGAGGAGGGUGGGGCUGGCGUGAGCGUGAAAGAGGCGAAGAAGAAGAAGAAGGAAAAGAAGAGAGAUGAGGGGACUGAGAAUGGGAGCUCGGGUGCUGAGGAGGGUGUUGGUGAAUUAUUGCCUCUGAAAGAGGCCAAGAAGAAGAAGAAAAAGGAAAGGAAGAGAGAUGAGGGGACUGAGAAUGGAAGCUCGUGUGGUGAGGAGGGUGGUGAGGUGAGCGUUAAAGAGGCGAAGAAGAAGCAAAACAAGAAGAAGAAGAAGAAGAAGAAGAAGAAGAGUAAAGGGGCUAAGAAGAAGGAGAAGGUUGAGGACGAGAUUAAAGAGGACAAGGCUGUGGUUGAACAUGUCGUGGCAGAGGCCAACAGCCAAGAGAGUGGAGAUGUUGCUCGGAAAGUUUAUGUUGGAGGUAUCCCCUACUACUCCUCAGAAGAUGAUAUAAGAAGCUACUUGGAAAGUUGUGGCACCAUAACAGAAAUUGAUUGUAUGACCUUUCCUGAGAGCGGAAAGUUUAGAGGAAUUGCCAUCAUUAGUUUCAAGACAGAGGCUGCAGCUAAGCGAGCUUUGGCUCUUGAUGGUUCCGACAUGGGCGGACUCUUUCUCAAAAUCCAGCCCUACAAGGCAACUCGAGCCACUAAAACAUCUGAGUUUGCCCCACCGAUCGUGGAAGGCUACAACAGGAUCUACAUUGGGAAUUUGUCAUGGGAUAUAACCGAGGACAAUGUGAGGACAUUCUUCUCAGGUUGCAGCAUAUCAUCCAUACGUUUCGGUAUGGACAAGGAAACAGGAGAGUUCCGGGGCUAUGCCCAUGUGGAUUUUUCCGAUAGCCUUUCAAUGGGGAUGGCCAUUAAGUUGAAUCAGCAGGUUUUGUGUGGUAGGCCUGUUAAAAUAAUGAGUGCAAUCCCUAAGGAAGGUGUCAAAAGCAGUGCAAGAACCAUGGCUGCAAAUACCACAAUUGAUAAUGCAAAUACCACAGUCGAUAGCACUAAUACCACAGUUGAUAAUGCUACUACUGGAUCGACUGUCAGCACUGGCAAGAUGAAGAGAAGAACCUGCUAUAUAUGUGGCGAGAAGGGCCAUAUAUCUUCUGCUUGUUCUAAGAAGCCAGCUGAUGCUUCGACAAAUCCAGAAACAACUUAAUAAGCUUCCAAUCAAGAGGUUGCAAAAUUUUGCUCGCUUGUUCUUUAGUCUCCUUUAGGUGCUAGAAAGAGUUCAUCCUCAGAGAGAGCAUUUUGAAAAUGGUCAGUGAACUGCCGUGUGGAAAUCAACUGCUAAGAGGAAUGCUGUCGUGCAUGUGUAUGUCAAGUUGGCGUUUCAGGUCAAGCAAGUAGUGUAAAAUUAGACCAGAGGGAGAUAAUAUCAUUUCUAGUCCCUAUUCUGCUAGAUAGGUCACAGUGGAUGAGGAGCUACUGUUAUUGGAUAGACUUUGUGAUGCCGUUUCAUUGAGGCAUUCUGACCUCCGACAGAUAUGAUAUUUUGUUUUGGCCGACGGUUGGAAGCUACUGCUGCGAUGUGCUUCUUGGAGAUAUAUGUUUAACUUCUCUCUGUAAUGACGUUUGGCCUUUUUCCAUCUCAACAAUAACAUUGUAAUGUUUCUGGCUCAUAGAAAGAUGAUCGACCUCUUCCAGGUGGGAACAGUGAUUCCAUAUCUCUCGCAUUGACUCCAGGGGGGGAAAAAAGAUGGGGGUAGUUCGAAUACAUUGAAAUCUGAUGGAUUAGGAUAAACAAGAGCAAUACCCGCGUACGGAGUUGCAUCGCGAAGACUCGAAGAAUUUGUUGAAGUAGGAGGUAAGGAUGGCCAACAUUUUUAUGAUGUGAACUUGAUGUGAUCACGUGGAAGCAAGCAGGAACUCCACUCCAUGAAUCUGUUUGGACGUCUUUUGGUCAUCUCAAAACUUGUCUUUGCUUGCAAAAUAAACGUUCUUGCCACCUUCCUGGCUAAUCAGCUCUCUUUAGUUGUCAUUGUUUGAGUGUUUUUUCAUUUUUUUAUUAUGUGGUUGGCUUCUUGGUACAACAUUUGUAGGGUCAUUCACCGAAUUGUCGGUACAGCAACCUGCAACCAUUGUACCUCUCUUCCUAAUAUUAGUAUUUAUGUGCUGCGGUUGCGUAGUUAA